UGGUGGCGGGCUGACGGGCGCACCGCCCACCCAAGGUGCUUCCAGGGUACUCAGUGCAGCUGACGUGUUUACCUGGUGAAAAUGGAAAAUGCGGGCACUGCGCCCUGGAGGUUUGCAAACUCAGGCUCAGAGGAGGCGUGGUCGCUGUCAUUCCCACACAAGCAGCGUUUCAUCGGUGAGAAUUCAGGCGGAGGCCACAGUCAACAGCAGCAAGAACCGGGAGAGACCGUUCCUGGCUCUAGGCAGCCGCUUCGAAGCGCAGUUUUGGAGAAGCACACAUUUUGUGCAGGAUUAAUUUAACGUGGCAGUUCCGCUGGGGAAAUGAGGACUGGCUUAUGUGCUUAUUCAGUCGGAUGAAUCGUCAUUUCCAAUUUCCGUUUUUAGAGGAUUUCCUCGAGAUGCUUGUAAUGUAAAUACUUCCUCUGUCCCUUUAGUUAAGUAUCUAAAUCCUUUCAAAAGCUGAAUCAGUCUCUUGCGAGCAUUACAACCCAGGAAUGUUUUUGUUAAGGAACUGAGAGCGAUCUUCUUUAUGUCUCUGUCACCAGGGGAGGUUAGGCUAGGUGUUAGGCACUUUGCUCUGAGCUGUAAGUACCUGCUUGUCAGAGGGAUAGGAGAAGUUGUCUUUCUCCUUUGGAUAAAGGAUAUUAAGUAAGUAGCAUGGACAGCCACCGAGUUUCCCAGGUGAAUUUAGGAUGUACUCUGAAAGGACGUAUGCCAUUUUUAUGGUGGUGUCAAGUCUUUUCACAUGAGACCAGUUCCUGUUUAUCUUGAGAACAUGGAUACGACAGACUUUAUCUGCUGAGUUAUAGAAAAAAACAGGUGAGUUGAUUUCAUUUGCACGAACAUUAGUGGUUCGCCUGUGGUGCACAGCAGAGUCAGGUUUAAUGGUUAUUCAACAGUGAAACCAUUUUCUUGAUUUCUACAUUUGUGGAGAGGAUUUUCUCGGUUGGCGGGAGAUUUUAUUUUUAUUUUUUUGUUCGUUAAUUACUUAAUGAACUAAUGAGACUGCGCUGCGCAGCCUCCGGGAUCUCAGUUCCCCAACCAGGAAUCAAACACGUGCCCCCUGCAGUGAAACCUAGGAGUCUUAACCACUGGACGGCCAGGGAAGUCCCUGGAAAUUUUAUUGUUAACUUUUCCCCUAGCAGCUUUUAAGGAACACUUAGCCAAAAACACAGUUAUAUUAUUUCACCCCCAAAAUAGUGAUAAAUCAUUACCCUUAUGAUUCCAUUUUUGACAAUGGUUUUUUUACCUAACAUGAACAGCUUCCUGUGUAAGAGGUAAGAUCCCAGGUAUCUGUUUUCGGUUUGUGUGUACCUUCUUAUUUUCGUACAGUUUUUAAAGCGUUGGUUGUGUCAUCUAAACAGCUACAAUUUCUAUUUUCCUUCCGUAGGUAAUAUUAGUUUGUAUCAUGGCUGGGCAUUUAUUGUAUCCUAGGAUUUGAGUGAAAGCUAUAGCGUUUCAGUAAAGCGAACAUGAUACACUCCUUCCCCUCUCCUGGUGGUGGGGGAAAUCUCAGAUGUAACCCGAAAUGUCUCAGGGCAGGGAAAGGAGCAGGGACCCUGGAGGCCAUCACACAGCCCCCACUUGAGGCCACACCUUUCCUUGAUCCCUAACAGGAGUGAAGAGAAAUGGGCAAUUGCGUCCGUGGUCCAGGCGGCUCACCCUCGCAGCACACCAGCUCUUCACCGCCAGAUGAGAUGGAGACGCUUAAGUCGCUCAUUAACUUGACGGCGCGGAGACAUCUGGGAAAUAGAGUUCUGGAGCUUGUCCCUCUCACUGGAAGCGCUUUGGCAGGCGGACUUCCGGAGUCCUCCUGCGCAGGUCUGCCUCCACUGUCACAGGCCUGCAGGUUGUUCCAAGGGCAGCGGAAAAUGAAUCAGUCUCCGGGGCCAGUGUCAUUCACGGAUGUGGCCGUGGACUUCACCCAGGAUGAGUGGCAGCAGCUGGACCCCAAACAGAAGACAACCUACAGGGACGUGAUGCUGGAGAACUACAGCCACCUCGUCUCUGUGGGGUGUCACAUUAUCAAACCGGAAGUUAUCACCAAGUUGGAGAAAGGAGAAGAGCCAUGGAUAGUGGGAGGAGAAUUCCUACUUCAGAGUUACCCAGAAGAAGACUGGGAAGUCCAUGAUCUGAUAGAGGGAGCCCAGGAAAAUGAAGACAGGCAUUCAAGGCAAACUGAAUCUGUCAACAACAAAACCCUGAUUGAUGAGAGAGGUAAUGUUUUUGGUAAGACUUUUAAUGUGGAAACAAACCCUGUUCCUUCAAGAAAAAUAUCUUGUAAAUGUGACUCAUGUGGAAAGAGUUUAAAAUCUACUUCAGAAUAUAUUAGUAGUGAUGGAAGCUAUGCAAGAAUGAAGCCUGAUGAAUGUAGUGCAUGUGGGAAAUCACUUCUCCAUGUUAAGCUUGAAAAAACUCAUCCAGGAGAUAAACCUUAUGAAUUUAAUCAAAAUAGGGAGGCUUAUGCUCUAAAUGAAGGAAGUAUUUAUCAGAACAUUCAUAUUUUAGAGAAACCCUUUGAAUAUAUGGAAUAUCAGAAAGCCUUUCAAAAGGGUACAGUGUUUGUUAAUCAUAUGGAGGAGAAGCCCUACAAGUGGAAUGAAUCUGAAAUAGCCUUUCUCCAAAUGUCAAACCUCAGUGUGCACCAGAGAGCUCAUAUGGAAGUGAAGCCCUAUGAAUGCAAUGCAUGUGGGAAAUCCUUCUGUAAAAAGUCAAAAUUUAUUAUACACCAGAGGACUCAUACAGGAGAGAAACCUUAUGAAUGUAACCAAUGUGGGAAAUCCUUCUGCCAGAAGGGAACCCUCACUGUACAUCAGCGAACACACACAGGGGAGAAGCCCUAUGAAUGUACUGAAUGUGGGAAAACCUUCUAUCAGAAGUUACACCUCAUUCAACAUCAGAGAACUCACUCAGGAGAGAAGCCCUAUGAAUGUAGUUAUUGUGGAAAAUCCUUUUGCCAGAAGACACAUCUCACACAACACCAGAGAACACAUUCAGGAGAGAGACCCUAUGUUUGUCAUGACUGUGGAAAAACCUUCUCCCAGAAGUCAGCACUUAAUGACCAUCAGAAAAUUCACACAGGCGUGAAACUCUAUAAGUGCAACGAGUGUGGGAAAUGCUUCUGCCGCAAGUCUACUCUGACUACACACCAGAGGACACACACAGGAGAGAAACCCUACGAGUGCAAUGAAUGUGGGAAAUUCUUUUCUCGGUUGUCAUAUCUCACUGUACAUUACAGAACUCAUUCAGGAGAGAAGCCCUAUGAAUGUAACGAAUGCGGGAAAACCUUCUACCUGAACUCAGCCCUCAUGAGACAUCAGAGAGUCCACACAGGAGAGAAGCCCUAUGAAUGUAAUGAAUGUGGAAAGUUAUUCUCCCAGUUGUCAUACCUCACUAUACAUCAUAGAACUCACUCAGGAGUGAAACCCUAUGAAUGUAACGAAUGUGGGAAGACCUUCUACCAGAAUUCAGCCCUUUGUAGACAUCGGAGAAUACAUAAAGGAGAGAAGCCCUAUGAAUGUUACAUAUGUGGGAAGUUCUUCUCUCAGAUGUCAUACCUCACUAUACAUCAUAGAAUUCAUUCAGGAGAGAAGCCCUAUGAAUGUAAUGAAUGUGGGAAAACCUUCUGCCAGAAUUCAGCCCUUAAUAGACAUCAGAGAACACACACAGGAGAGAAAGCCUAUGAGUGUUAUGAAUGUGGGAAGUUCUUCUCUCAGAUGUCAUAUCUCACUAUCCAUCAUCGAAUUCAUUCAGGAGAGAAACCUUUUGAAUGUAACGAAUGUGGGAAAGCCUUCUCUCGGAUGUCAUACCUUACAGUACAUUAUAGAACUCAUUCAGGAGAGAAGCCCUAUGAAUGCAACGAAUGUGGGAAAAAAUUCUAUCACAAAUCAGCCUUCAAUAGCCAUCAGAGAAUUCACAGAAGAGGGAAUAUGAACGUACUUGACGUGGGAAGGCUUCUCUGAAGUCACACCUCAUUUAGUGUCACAGAACCCUCAAUAUAAUGAAUCAGAAACUCCUACCAUCCUAAGACAGAGUUCACACAGGUGAGUGUGGACAAGCCUUCAAGCAUUAGUCAGACUUGGAGUCUGGAAGUUCACAGGAUGGAAACCACAACUGUAACUAGGCCCCAUGAUGGGUUGACAGGAGUAAAAAUUUAUUGCUACUUAAAUUGUACAUAGUUUCACCAUGAAUUCAAGCUGUUUCACAUAUCAGGGAAUUCAGACCAAGGGAAACUCUCUCAGCUUAAGGAAUGUGGAGAACAUACUCUGUUGGAAAUUAUGAAUACUGAAAGUUAUGUUUCUGAUAAAAUAUAAAGCUUUUU